AUGCUUGGUGUAAAAGGCAAUGCUGAUGCGCAUUUAACCCCAGAUAGCCUUAUCCAGCGUAGUAACGAAGCGAUUUACCCAUUCGAGCCAUUCAUAGAACAAAUCCCAACAACGAAAGAAUGGGUCCUAGAACAAUUCUCGAACCAAGUCAACCCUAUUUCAUACCUCCGGAGCCUUUUCCCUUUCAUUGGAUGGGUCCGACGAUAUAAUACGCGAUGGCUAAUCGCCGACCUCAUUGCUGGUUGUACACUAAGUCUCGUAAUGAUUCCACAGGGGUUGUCCAAUGCGAUACUAACGAAUCUAAGCCCUGAAUUUGGGCUUUUCACCACAUUUGCGGGUGCUUCGUUAUAUUGGGUUUUUGGAACAUCUAAGGAUAUUUGUGUUGGGGCAACGGCCGUAAUAUCUCUGCUCGUUGGCAAGACAGGAACAAGUAUUAUCGACAAAAAUCCUAACUUUACUCUGGAAGAAGUGGCCAAAACUCACGCGUUUCUCGCUGGCUGUGUUUUUCUUAUCCUUGGCCUCUUACGGUUAGGGUGGAUCGUCGAGUUGAUACCUCAUGUAGCUAUUUCGUCUUUCAUCACCGCUGCUGCAAUUAUUAUCACUCUUGGUCAGGUGCCAAAUCUCCUAGGGAUUAGGGACGUCAAUACAAAGGAUCCGGCUUAUCAAAUAUUCAUUGAGAUAUGUAAAGGGCUCAGUCGAAUGAAGCUAGAUGCAGUGGUCGGACUUACAUCCUUGUUACUAUUGAUGUCCGUAAAGUGGCUAUUCCAAUACUUGGCGGUACGGAAGCCUCAUCAGGAAAAGAUGUGGAAUACACUUGCAUCACUUCGACUGUCUUUUACUGCAUUCCUUUACAUUUUCAUCAGUUAUCUGGUUAAUAGGAAUGUCUCUCAAGAUGAGUUCAAGUUUCGCAUACUUGGACACAUCCCAACAGGUUUUGGUCACAUUGGACCCCCGACUUUUCAACUUGAAUUAGUGAAAAGUCUUCUACCUGAGCUUCCAGCUAUAGUAAUUGUUAUCAUAGUUGAACAUAUUGCUAUUGGCAAAUCCUUGGCUCAGAAGAACGACUACAGCAUAGUACCAUCACAAGAGCUAGUCGCUAUCGGCGCAAUAAAUUUAGCUGGCCCUUUCGUCGGUGCUUAUGCUUCAACGGCUUCAUUCGGCGGUAGCGCUUCGUUAUCCAGAGUCUGUGUUAAAACACCCCUGGCCGGAACUUUUAGCGCCGCUAUUCUCGUCCUUGCCUUAUAUGCGUUAGGUCAGGUCUUGUACUGGACUCCAGUUGCUACUAUGGCGGCUCUUAUAAUACAUGCCGUGAUAAAUUUACCCGUGUCUCUUGAUGAGCUGCGUAAAUUAUGGCUGAUAUCGCCCCUAGACCUUGUCAUCUACACUCUCGGACUUCUAACAUCUAUUUUUAGUACACUUGAGAACGGGAUCUACGUGACUACGGCUCUAUCUGCGUGUCUCAUUUUCAUCCGGCUUCUUCGUGGCCGGGGGCAGUUUAUUGGACGCGUUCAAGUUCACCCAUACCCAAACUCACACACGAGAAGUUCAGUUACAGUUGAUGCGCCAUUUACAUCGGCAAACAUUCCGAGAGAUGCUUUCUUCCGGCUCAAUCGAAAGGAUGCAUCUAACCCAUCCAUCUAUGUUGAAUCUCCUCGUCCAGGAGUAUUCAUAUAUCGCUUCCCCGAAGGUUUCAAUUACGUCAAUCAAUCCCAGUAUAUGGAGUUUCUUCUGGCAUAUGUAACAAAAGAAACUUGCCGAACCACUGUACUUGACUAUAAGAAUCCCGGCGACCGACCAUGGAAUGAGUGUCCCUCCUCUCGAUCUCAAGGAUUAUCAGACCAAUCUAGCUCAGAGGCCACUAAGCCAACUCUCAAAGCACUGAUAUUCGACUUUUCCACUGUGAGCAGCAUCGAUGCCGACGCAAUAAACGGAUUGAUCAUUCUUCGUAAACAACUAGAACGCUGGUCAUCUCCAGAAACCGUACAGCUGCACUUUGCAAGCGUAGAUGACCGCUGGGUGCGUAGGGCGUUGGCUGUAGCUGGGUUCGGUUAUCCAAGCAGCAGAGAGUUGGAAACCCCUAAUCCCUACAGUCCAGUCUUCACUCUCGCAAGGAAAACAACGGGAACGACUUGCCAACCACUCAGAGAAUCCGCAAUUGAACCUACAAGAAUAUCUACAACUAUUGAAAAUCUAGAAAGUGGACGGUCUGGUAUCGAAACAAUCCCAAUACGCACUGGACAACUGACAUCUACGCAUGGUAUCAACUAUCCUAACUUUCAUGCAGAUCUGAUGGCUGCAGUUCAGGCUAUUAAUGUGUUCACUACUCAAGAAGGUAUUUGA